AUGGGGAGGGAGGCCCUCUCUGUGUGGGUCCGCGGCGAGGAAGGGGUUAAAGCGAGCGAGGCUGGGUUCCUGGAGAGGCGUGCAAGGAGGAGGAGGUGGAGAGGCGUGCAAGGAGGAGGAGGGGAGGGGGCACGGGAGGGAGGGAGGGGGCGGGUGGCUGCGCGGCGCACAGAGCAUCCAACGAGCCUGGGGUUUUUCUCCCCUCCUCCCACCACCACCGGGACCCCCGACCACCCACUCAGGUUGGCUCUUCCUCCAAGCUGGGGGUGGGAGUGGGGAGCAGGUGAGUGGCAAAUUCAUUUGGGGGCGGGCUGCAAAGGUGGGGGUAGGGAGAAGAGGGGAAAGGCUCAGCAGCGGGUGGAGACAAAAGGAGGGAGGGGUACCAGGGGCUUGGCUGGGGAGAAAGGGUGGGGGAGAUCUUCUCUCCCCCCCCGUCCCACUCCAGUUAUUCCCUUCCUCCAAAAAGAGGUGGGCUGCUCUGGCCAGCCCUCUCCCACCUCCUCUCCCGGCUGCCAGGGUCAGAACAAAAGAUUUGCACUGGAACCAGUAUCAAACCAGUUUGCAUUAGGAGGAGAGAAAUAGGUGUUGGGUUUUGGUUGGGGGAGCACGGCGGCUGGGGCUCAAGGGCAGGGAGGGGCAAGGGCAGAACUAAGGGGGCUCCCUCUCGCUGUGGGGUUGGCAAGCAGAAAGCUGGUUUUAGCCACCUUUGUUGCUGAUUGGUCUUGAUUUUUCACAGUUUGUUUUUUCUCUCUCCAAAGAGAGGCCUCCCGUCCCAAGUUUUAAACAUCUCAACUGCCCCAUGGGGUAGGUUGGAGUGUGGAAUGGUGCCAGAUUCAUGAGCGAGUGGGUUCUGGGAUUUGUAGUUCGGUGAGGGGGUAAACUAUAGUCCCCAUGAUUCUUUGGGGAGGGGGCAAGUGGUACCAGGAAGGCUUUGAAAGAGGAUUACUGUAGACAGAUUCAAAGUGGAGAGGGCUACCGAUCUCCCUUCACAAUUGGAAGCAGGAGAGCGUUCUGUUCAGACGCUGCUUGCAGGUUUCUAUCAGGCAUUUGGUUGGCCACCAUGAGAAAAGAACGCUGGACUUUACAGGCCAUUGGCCUGACCCAGCAGGCUCUUCUUAUCCUCUUAACCUUUGUCUCCCACCUCCACACCCAACACGCUAAGCACUGCACCAACCUGCUCUUCUGCUUCUAGUUCCUUAAAUUCAUAAAUCCUGAAUGGGGUAACUGUGCCCCUGAAGGACCAGGUGCGCAGCCUGGGAGUCAUUUUGGACUCACAGUUGUCUAUGGAGGCGCAGGUCAAUUCUGUGUCCAGGGCAGCUGUUUACAACCUCCAUCUAGUACGCAGGCUGAGACCCUACCUGCCCGCGGACUGUCUCGCCAGAGUGGUGCAUGCUCUAGUUAUCUCUCAUUUGGAUUACUGCAAUGCGCUCUAUGUGGGGCUACCUUUGAAGGUGACCCAGAAACUACAACUAAUCCAGAAUGCGGCAGCUAGACUGGUGACUGGUAGCGGCCGCCGAGACCAUAUAACAUCGGUCUUGAAAGACCUACACUGGCUCCCAGUACGUUUCCGAGCGCAAUUCAAAGUGUUGGUGCUGACCUUUAAAGCCCUAAACGGCCUUGGUCCUGAAUACCUGAAGGAGUGUCUCCACCCCCAUUGUUCUACCUGGAUACUGAGUUCCAGCGCCAAGGGCCUUCUGGCGGUUCCCUCACUGCGAGAAACCAAGUUACAGGGAACUAGGCAGAGGGCCUUCUUGGUGGUGGCACCUGCCCUGUGGAACGCCCUCCCACCAGAUGUCAAAGAGAACAACAACUACCAGACUCUUAGAAGACACCUGAAGGCAGCCCUGUUUAGGGAAGCUUUUAAUGUUUGAUGCAUUACUGUGUUUUGAUAUUUUGUUGGGGGCUGCCCAGAGUGCAGAAUCAUAGAAUAGUAGAGUUGGAAGGUACCCUGAGGGUCAUUAAGCCCAACCCCCUGCCAUGCAGGAAUCUCAGCUAAAGCAUCCAUGACAGAUGGCCACCCAACCUCUGCUUAAAAACCUCCAGUGAAGGAGAGUCCACAGCUUUCCCAGGGAGACUGUCCCACCAGAGCACGAGAAAAUAAGCUUGCUCCAUCCUCCAUGCAUCAGCCCUUGAGAUAUUUGAAGAUGGCUAUCAUAUCUCCUCUCAGUCUCCCCUUAUCCUGACUAAACUUGCCCAGCUCCCUCAAUCGUUCCUCAUAAGGCCUGGUUUCCAGACCCUUGAUCAUCAUGGUCGCCCUCCUCUGCACACGUUCCUGCUUGUCAACAUCCUUUUUAAAUUAUGCUGCCCGGAACUGUACAUAGUACUCCAGGUGUCGUCUGACGAAGACAGAAUAGAGUGGUACUAUGACUUCCCUUGAUCUGGACACUAGACUUCUGUUGAUAUCCUUGAAUAGCAUUAAAUCCCCCCCCCAGCUGCAUCACACUGUUGACUCAUGUUAAGAUUGCGGUCCACUAAGACCCCUAGAUCCUUUUGACAUGUAUUGCUAGUAAGCCAGGUGUCCCCAAUCUCAUAUUUGUGCAGCUGUUAUUCUUGCCCAAGUGUAAGAACCUUGAAUCCCGAUUGCGCCUUCUUCAGUGAUAGCUACCGCUCCCAAUGUGAUGACAUCUGCAAAUUUGAUGAACUUCCCCUCAAAUUCCUUUGCCCAAGUCAUUUAUAAAGAUGUUGAGCAACAACGGGCCCAGGACAGAACCCUGCGGCGCCCCAGUUGUCACUUUCCCCCAGGAUGACAAGGAACCACCAGUGAGUAUUCUUUGGGUUCAGUUAGUCAACCAGCUACAAAUCCACCUAACAGUUACCUCCUCCAGCCUACGUUUUACCAACUUCUCUGCAAGAAUAUCGGGGGGGACGGGACUUUGUCUUGGCUGCUUAUAAGUCUCUGCCGUCUUUUACAGGUUCCAGCCGGGGUCACCCUUUGAUCCUAGCAAAGCAUCUUUCCCUUAGGUGUGUGCAAGAGGGGGGGCUUGCAGACUUUGCCGGACAUCAACACCCUCCCCUCCAACGCCAGUCAAAUUCCGGCAGCCUUUGGUUUGGGAACAAAAUUCUCCACAGAGCAAGGCAAUCCUUGGAUUCCUUUGGGGAACUUUGGGAGAUGGAAAAGCCAGACUCAGCGGCUCCCUGGGGAGGAAAGGACCCCCACGUCACCCAGACUGGGAGCACUGGGGAGGUCUGGGAAAGGAACGUGCAGCAGAUCCUGGGCGAGGGCAAUGCCAGCUCUGACGUCCAGCGCCAACACUUCCGGGCGUUUUGCUACCAGGAGGCCGAGGGCCCCCGCGAGGUCUGCAGCCGCCUCCACCACCUCUACCGCCAGUGGCUGAAGCCAGAAAAGCACUCGAAGGCCCAGAUGCUGGACCUGGUGGUCCUGGAGCAGUUCCUGACUAUCCUUCCCCCGGAGAUGGAGAGCUGGGUCAGGGAGUGCGGAGCAGAGACCAGCUCCCAGGCGGUGGCCCUGGCAGAAGGCUUCCUCCUGAGCCAGGUGGAAGAGAAGAGGCAGGAAGAAAAGGAGCAGGUGAGAGCACUUUCUAUAAAUCAUGGGAGUUGGGAAGGAGCCAGAGUCCAACCCCCUGGAAUUCCUCCCCCUGCCCACCCCAUUAAUUUGUUAUAAUAAAAGAAAGCAAAGUUUAAUAACAGAGGCCAAAUAAAACAAAGCAAAAGCAGAAGGGGUAUCUAAAACUAACGAGACAGGAGCAAAAUUCAAUCAAUUAGUAGCACAAAUGGAUUUACCUUAUCCUGCAUGUUACUGCUCCAGUAUUUUAUAUUAAAAGACUCAAUUUCUCAAUAAAGACAUUAUAUUGUUUUCUGUCCUUUCUGGUUUUUGCCACAUACGUUAGCUUAACCAUGCACACUGUGUUCCUGAUUUUCAUUAUCCAUUCUGUCAUGGACGGUCUUCUCAUUCCCCUACCCCACCCAGAUUUGACCAAAGUAAUAAUUCUGGAUGCAGUUAAGAGGUGUUGCAUUCAUUCCCUGUUCUCUUUUGGUUGGUUGUUUAUGUCUGAAUAGCAAAAAUUGGGCGAUCCAUGGGUAAAAGUAUAGCAAGCUAUUACUUGAGUUUCCUUCGCCGUAUCUUCCUAGAAUUUUCUGAUUUUGGGACAUGCCCAGAGUAUAUGCCAUACCCCAGCUUUUGUGGCUUUACACCUCCACAAGCAACAUUGGUUAUUCUGUAUAUCCAGGUAAGAUGUGGUGGUGUUAGGUAUAAUAAAAAUACAUACAUACACACAUACAUGCAUGCAUACAUAAAACCGACUGGGUUUCCCCAGCCACUCUGGGCAGCUCCCAACAGAAUAUUUAAAACACAAUAAAACAUCAAACAUUAAAAACUUCCCUAAACAAGGUUGCCUCCAGAUGUCUUGUAAAAGUCAGAUAGUUGUUUAUUUCCUUGACAUCUGAUGGGAGGGCGUUCCACAGGGCCACUACCGAGAAGGCCCUCUGCCUGAUAUCCUGUAAUUUUGCUUCUCGCAGCGAGGGAACCGCCAGAAGGCCCUCAGAGCUGGACCUCAGUGUCCGGGCUUAACGACACUGUUACAGUGGAACAGAAGCUUGUAAAAUAUUUCUUUUAGAAUCACAUUACCUAUUUGCUGAGGAACUCUAUGCCAAAACCAAUUCCAACAGUCGGAUGGAAGUUCCCAUCUAAAUCCCUCUUCCUAAUCCCUUUUCUCCAUUUCCCACUUGAGGAUCCCCAAAUUUUGUUUCAGGUUAAAGGUACGAGAAAAGGGGCUCCUUCUUCCCCCAAAGUAGAGAAGGUCCCGCCAGCCAGCAGGAGGAGGCAGCUGUUCCGAGGAGCCAUUCCGGGGGGCGUUGGAGGGGGUGCGUCUACCUUGCUGGGUAAGGAGGAAUUGGGAGCACAAUUUGGCUUGAUCUUGGUCUCUCGAGGGGGUUGCCUAGAAUCGGGACAUUGCUUUUUAGGACAUAAGAAGAGUUACUGCCUCGUAGCCAGACCUAAUUUGCAGGGUCGUUGUGAGGAUAAAAUGGGAAGGUGGGUAUGUAAGAAUAGCCUUGCCCACAUAAUGAACCAUCCUUUUCCCACGGUGUCCCUCCCAUGCCCCAAUGGGAAACUUGCAGACUUUUAAGUUUCCCUUCCAUCAGUGGUGAAAGGGUGGGGAGGUGGGAAUUUUGCCCUCAUCUCCAGCCCUUUUUAAAACUGGGGUGAGGGGUGGGAAUCCAAGUUUUUUUUGUAUAAUUGUAUUAUUAUUAUUAUUAUUGUUAAUUGAAUUUAUAUACUGCCCUAUACCCGGGAGUCUCAGAGCGGUUCACAGAAUAAAAUCAAGAUAUAAAACCACAAAGUACCCAAUAAAAAUCAAAACAACCACCCAAUAGCCCCACCCACCACAAAAACACAAACAUUCUAAAAGGGCAUAGGAUGUAAAUUGGAUCAACCAAAGGCCUGGUUAAAAAGGAACGUUUUUGCCUGGCGCCUAAAGGCGUAUAAUGAAGGUGCCAGGCGAACUUCCCUGGGGAGAGCAUUCCAUAGAUGGGGAGCCACUGAGGAGAAGGCCCGUUCUUAUGUUGCCACCCUCCAGACCUCUCAAGGAGGGGGCACAUGAAGGAGGGGGCACACUUUAACUUUUCACUGUCGGAGAAAGAAGUGUGGCUUAUAUUUGGGCCAAUGUGGUAAUUAAGCCCCAGGCAGUUCAGGACUGAGAAACAACUGAGGUGGCGGGUGCCGCAUCUCGCCUCCUUCCCACUUCCUUCCUUCCUCUUCACAGGUAGCCAAGCUCCUCUGGCGGAUGGUCUCAGCCCUUCCUUAAUGUGUGACGGAGCGGAAAUGGUUGCUGCGCAGUUGCCCGGACAGGUAGGAGCGGAAGAACUGGGGAACUGAGGAAGGAGGGUCAACUUGGGUGCCUCCAUCAUCUGCACACGUCUGUGGGCCUGAAAGGAUGUGUCUCUUAACCCCUAUCAAAGGAUGUUCCAAAGCUGGGAAGGAUCUGAGCAUCCCUGAGGGAGCUCUGGAUCUUGCAGGGAGAGCCUCCAUCCCUUUCAUAGAAUCAUAGAAUCAUAGAGUUGGAAGAGACCACAAGGGCCAUCGAGUCCAACCCCCUGCCAAGCAGGAAACACCAUCAGAGCACUCCUGACAUAUGGUUGUCAAGCCUCUGCUUAAAGACCUCCAAAGAAGGAGACUCCACCACACUCCUUGGCAGCAAAUUCCACUGUCGAACAGCUCUUACUGUCAGGAAGUUCUUCCUAAUGUUUAGGUGGAAUCUUCUUUCUUGUAGUUUGGAUCCAUUGCUCCGUGUCCGCUUCUCUGGAGCAGCAGAAAACAACCUUUCUCCCUCCUCUAUGUGACAUCCUUUUAUAUAUUUGAACAUGGCUAUCAUAUCACCCCUUAACCUCCUCUUCUCCAGGCUAAACAUGCCCAGCUUUCUUAGCCGUUCCUCAUAAGGCAUCGUUUCCAAGGUUUAUCAUAGAUUGUGGAGUUGUGAAGUUGGAAGGGAACCAAAGGGUCAUCUAGUCCAGUCCCUGGUAACAUCAUCAUCAUCAUCUUCAUCAUAUAUUAUUAUUUAUAGCCCGUCCAUCUGGCUGGGUUUCCCCAGCCAGUGUGGUGUAGUGGUUAAGAGCAGUGGACUCUUAAUCUAGUGAACCGGGUUCGAUUCCCCGCUCCUCCACAUGCAGCUGCUGGGUGACCUUGGGCUAGUCACGCUUCUCUGAAGUCUCUCAGCCCCACUCACCUCACAGAGGGUUUGUUGUGGGGGAGGAAGGGAAAGGAGAAUGUUAGCCGCUUUGAGAUUCCUUCGGGUGGUAAUAAAGCGGGAUAUCAAAUCCAAACUCUUCUUCUUCUUCUUCUUCUCCCAACAGAAUAUUAAAAUUACGAUAAAAUAUCAAACAUUAAAAACUUCCCUAAACAGGGCUGCCUUCAAAUGUCUUCUGAAAGUCAGAUAGCUGUUUAUUUCCUUGACAUCUGAUGGGAGGGCGUUCCACAGGGUGGGCGCCACAACCGAGAAGACCCUCUGCCUGGUUCCCUGUAACCUUGCUUCUCGCAGGGAGGGAAUCACCAGAAGGCCCUUGGAUCUGGACCUCAGUGUCUGGGCUGAACUAUGGGGGUGGAAACACUCCUUUGGGUAUACUGGGCCGAGGCCGUUUAGGUCAGCACCAACACUUUGAAUUGCACUUGGCAACAUACUGGGAACCUUUAGGACUGGUGCUAUAUGGUCUUGGCGGCCACUCCCAGUCACCAGUCUAGGUGCCGCAUUCUGGAUUAGUUGUAGUUUCCGGGUCACCUUCAAAGGUAGCCCCACGUAGAGCGCAUUGCAGUAGCCCAAGCGGUAGAUAACUAGAGCAUUCACCACUCUGGCGAGACAGUCUGCAGGCAGGUAGGGUCUCAGCCUGCGUACGUAGGGCUCACAGCUCUCUCUUUUUAAUUGUUCCAUUAGCUGUGAUGAGCAUUUUCUUUUCCUCUUCUUUCCAGGGCCCGGUGACGUUUGAGGAGGUGGCCGUGUACUUCACAGAGGAGGAGUGGGCUCUGCUGCAUCCAGACCAAAGAUCCCUGCAAUGGGAGGUCAUGGUGGAGAAUUAUGGGAACUUGGUCUCUCUGGGUAAGGCUCACCUUUCCCCCUGUUAACAGAUGCUAUGCAAUGAUGGGUCACAGAGGUCAGGCUAUCCUGGUCAAGAAACAGCUGUAGCUGUCUUAUCCGCUGAAGCUGGCGCAAGGCACUCUUAGCCACUGGGCCUCGGGUGAUGAGUGGGGGUACAGUGCCAUCCCAAAGCUGGCAAUGGACCAGUUAUCCAGACUUAAGAACGUAAGAAAAGCUGUAUCAGGCUGGAAGCCCAUUGAAUCCAGCGUCCUGUUCUCACAGUGGCCAACCAGAUGCUUAUUAUGGGAAACCUGCAAGCAGGACACGAACACAAGGGCAACUCUUCCCUCCUGUGGUUUCCAGUAACUGGUACUCAACAGCAUUGCUGCCUCUGAUGGGAGCCAGAACAUAUCCGUCAUGGCUAGUAGCCGUUGAUAGCUGGAGCUCUCCUCCAUGGCAUUGUCCAAUCCUCUUUCUAAGCCAUCUAGGUUGGAGGCCAUUACUGCCUCCUGUAUGGGGUUAGGCCCAUAGUUAUGAACCAACCUGGACCCUGUGAUCAUCAUCCUCUGGAGGCACUUCUUCGUGUACCAUCUCCAUGUGAGGUCUGGAGGGUGGCAAAAUGAGAACGGGGCCUUUUCUGCAGUGGCUCCCUGUUGCGGAAUGCUCUCCUCAGGGAGGCUUGCCUGGCACCUUCAUUACAUGUCUUUAGGCGCCAGGCGAAAAGCAUUUCUCUCCAAUCAGGUGUUUGGCAGAUUAACAUGCUAUGACUUUUAAAAUGUGUUUGUAGAAGGGGAGCUCUUCGUUUUGUUUUUGUUUCCUUAUGUACUCUGUGUUCUCAUUUUGUAUUUUUCUGUUGUGAACCACUCAGGUAUCUUCCGAUAUAGAGCGGUAUGCAGAUUUAAUUUGCCCACAGUGUUCUAAGAGUGGAAUAAAAGCUUUUCUCCGCCCACUUUCUCCAUAUCUGCUUCUUCCGUAUCGCCUCUUACUCACCUUCUCUCUAAACUAAAAAGUCCCACGUGCUGUAACAUUCCCUUAAAGGGAAGUCGCUCCAUCCCCACGCCCUUUUCCAGCUCUACAACAUCCUUUUCGAGGUGUGGCAACCAGAACUGUACACAAUACUCCAAAUGUAGUCGCAUCACAGUUUUAUAUAAAAAAGUUAUGAUAUAACUGGGAUAUACAGUGGUACCUUGGUUCUCAAAUUUAAUCAAUUCUGGGAGUCCGUUCGACUCCUGGAAUGGUUUGAAAACCAAGGUGUGGCUUCUGAUUGGCUGGAGGAGCUUCCUGCACUUAAUCAGAAGCCAUGGAAGCUGUGUCGGACGUUCGGCUUCCAAAGAACAUUCGCAAACACUCACUUCUGGGUUUGCGACGUUCGGGAGCUGAUUUGUUUGACAACUAAACUGUUUGACUACCAAUAUACCACUGUAGAAGUGAGUUGGGCUUUUGCUUGGUGGUGUGAGGUUCAUUUCCCUCUUUCUCCCUUCAGGUGAAGCGAUGGAGAGUGGGAUCGUUACCAAACAGCAGAGAAGUGACUUGGAGCCGCGAGAACCGGUUUGCAAGGCGGAGGGUGUCUUGCUUGAAGGAGCCAACUUCCACGAAGCUCCGAUGCAAGAAAAACAUUGGGAUGGGAACGAAAGGCAGGCGCUCCCUCCCUUGUGCGUGGAAAGCAUGGCGAGCAAGCCCAGCGUCCGAAGGCAUCAGAGGAUCAACAAGCGGGAGACCCUCCUGGAAUGCUCCGAGUGCGGAAAGGUCUUCAACCGGCGCUACAGCCUCACCAGGCACCAGAGAGUCCACACGGGAGAGAAGUGGUGGAUCUGCUCGGUUUGCGGGAAGAGCUUCAGCCAGAGGUACCACCUCACUCGGCACCAGCGAGUCCACACAGGGGAGGAGUGGUGGAUCUGCACGGUGUGCGGGAAGAGCUUCCGGUGCAGCAACAGCCGCCUGAGGCACCAAAGGAUCCACACAGGCGAAAAGCCGUUCGAGUGCUCCGAGUGCGGGAGGCGCUUCAGCGAGAGCUCCACGCUGUACAAGCACCAGAGGGUCCACACCGGGGAGAAGCCGUACAAAUGCCUGGACUGUGGGAAGAGCUUCCGCCAGAAGAUCAACCUCACCCGCCACCGGACGGUCCACACGGGGGAGAGGCCGUACCCAUGCGCCGAGUGCGGGAAGAGCUUCAGUCAGAGGGUGAGCCUGACUCUGCACCGCACGAUCCACACCGGGGAGAAGCCCUACAAGUGCUCGGAGUGCGGGAAGGGCUUCAGCCAGCGGAUCAACCUCACCUCGCACCAGAGGACCCACACGGGGGAAAAACCGUACCAGUGCUCCGAGUGCGGGAAAAGCUUCAGCCGAAGCAACAGCCUCGCUUAUCACUUGAAGCACCACAUAAAUGUUCAGUGCGUCGAACUUGUGCCAGAAGAGAAACCAUAGAUCAGUGGUAAUUUUUUUAAAACGGGAGAAACUCUAGGGAAAUUUUAGAAACGCUCAGAACAUGAGAUGGUGCAUUGGUCCUACCAUUUAAAUGACUUGUGUCUUUGGUGGUCAUAGACUCAUAGAGUUAGUCCAACCCCUUGCUGUGCAGGAAUCACAGCAAAAGGACCCCUGACAGGUAGUGUCCCAGACUCCUUUUAAACACCUCCAGUGAAGGAGAGUCUACCACCUUCCAAGAAGAAAUAUAGGAAUACAGUGGUACCUCGGGUUACAUACGCUUCAGGUUACAGACUCCGCUAACCCAGAAAUAGUACCUCGGAUUAAGAACUUUGCUUCAGGAUGAGAACAGAAAUCAUGCAGCGGCAGGGCGGCAGCAGUGGGAGGCCCCAUUAGCUAAGGUGGUGCUUCAGGUUAAGAACAGUUUCAGGUUAAGAACAGACCUCCGGAACGAAUUAAGUACUUAACCCGAGGUACCACUGUAAUUAGAUUAGCUUUCUUAGCCUGUCAGGCCCAACAACAGGGCCAGUGGACCCAACCAGCAUGCAAACUGUCCUCUAGAUAAUGUGUGGGGAGAAAUCAGCUGCCCUCAGAGGCUCCAUGUUGUCUGGUAUUUCAUCUUAACAUAAAAACAUAAGGAGAGUCUUCUGGAUUAGGCCAAUGGACCAUCUAGUCCAGCUUCCUAUUCUCACAGGGGCCAAUCGGGGGCCCAUAGAAAACCCGCAAGCACAAGAGCAACAUUCCCCUCCUGUGGUUUCCAGAAACUGGUAUUCAGAAGCUGUGCAGGCAGGGCGGAGCCAUCCGUAGCCCACUCCUCCUUCAGGAAUUUGUCUAAUCCUCUUUUAAAACCAUCCAAGUUGGUGGCCGUUCCUGCCUCCGGUGGCAGGGAGUUCCGUGGUUUAAUUGUGCGCUGCAUGAGGAAGUUCUUUUACCCUCUUACCAGGUUGCGUCUCGGUCUCAGGGUGGGUCACUACAGCGGCACGAGCACCACACAAAAUUAAGAAAUGGAUCCUUCUUCGGUGAAAGGUGGGUCCAAGGUGUGAAAAAGGUGGAGGCUGCUGUUCUUUGAUCCCAUCCUGUUUGCCUCCUGGUUUCAGUGUGAGUAUCCAUCACUGCAAGGAUGGAUCCCCUUUCUUACCUGCUUUGCCACAUGGGGGCAUUUAUUUUGCCAUCGUUUUUCAUUUACGUUGCUUCGUCACCGCACCAAGGAAGUGAAUACCUUCGGGGGCAGAGGUGCAGGGAGUCCUGGGCUGCAUGCUGCUUCUCACAGCGGCCAAGUCGAGGUUUGCCCAGGAGUCUUUGGUGGGGGACAUUUUCACAAAACCGAGCUACACAAUGUCAGCUGGAUCAUCCCCUUCUCUGUAUCUACUUGCUGGACUCUUCAAAGAACUAUUUCAAUAGCAGAAGCCAUGCUGGCACUUCUACAGCAAGACUUGUUCUUCUAAUACGUUUGGUUGUUCUAUCUUUAUUAAUGCUUUCCAUCAAUUUACCCAGAGCAGCUGUUAAGCCUGCAAUUUCCUGGAUCCCUACAUUGCUUCCUGUUGAGGCGCCUCCUGUAGUCUCCUGUGGAAAUCUCAUGGAUUUUCAUGCCACAAAUGCACUCCUUCCCCAGCCCACCCCCAAUAAGAAAACACGGCCUUGAAGGAGCUCUGCAUCUAUAGGAUCCUCAUAGCAUGGAUCCUUGUAAAGUAAAAUUGGCAUCCUUUUUUUCUGGGGGGGGGGGGAGUGGAUCAGCUGGCUUGAGGGAACACCAAAAUUUGCAGCUAAGGACGCAAUUAAAUUUCCAAACAGUAGCAAUUUACUGCACAUUUAUUCAGAAGCCAGUUAAAACUCUUUAGGUUCAGUGAUACCAGCUUUUCAAAGUCAGUCAUUUAUACCUCCAGUGCCCCACCACCACUCCCUUGCCCAUAACCCCACCCUCCUCUUUGGGAAACGCACAACACACCAUUUGGGGCCAUGGAUAGUAGUGGGGUUGGGAGGACCUGAAACAUCUAAAUUUUGGUCCUGCGAUUCAGUGCUGAAUGUUGGAGCAGAAGGGAUAGGGAAUGGAGUGACCUGGGAAAGGGCAGGACUUCGUGGCUGGCUGGAGCCCUGGGUGGAAGCACUCUGUUGCAGCCCUCGCUUUUACCCUGGGGGUUUCUCAGUGCGCCUUCUCAAUGAGGACUUUGUGGCUAGGAGGAACCCUGGAAGUCCUGGGAAGGCAGCCAUGAAAACCUCAGAUAACUGGCAAAGCUCAAAGGCUUUUGGGUUCAUGUGCCAUCAGACCCGGUGGAUCUUCCACUUCAAAACCUUGCACUUCCAUCGUUUGCUCCACGUGCAUCUUUUGGGUUAAUUUCUUGGAGAUGGAGCAAAACGCUCAGAAUCGGUCCCUGUGCAUGUUCCAUCGCGUAAGGAUGUCAAAGCUUUUGUGUUGAGCGUGAUGAGAAUAUUUAGAAAACCGAGGACACUUGAUCGUCAUUAUUUUUUACAUGGGGUGGGCAGGCUAUUCAAAAACACCUGACCUCUUCUACGGGGAAGGAAAGCGCUCUCUUGUCAUUUUUGGCAUGCUGUGGACCCUGCUGGAAACUUGCCGUCUUGUCUUCCUGUGAUUCUUUUCUCAUUUACUGGAUUUCUACUCUUAAUUAAAACUGCUUGCCUUCUCCUAACUGAGAAACCCGUGUAAGUGUUAGAGCUUGCCUAUAUCUAUCGAUCUAAUAAUCCGAUAGUUUCCUAACCUGAGUGGGUGUUAUUUUAUGGUGGUUUUUUUGUAGGUUGGGUUAAUAAAGCCUUCAAAUACAUCACCCCUA